CAAAAGGGAUAGCAUUUCUUUUUAAUUUGACUCAUCUUUUUAUUGUACAAAUGUAAAUGUGUUUUUUUUAAUUACAAUGUAACCAAAAAUAAACUCAAAUGACAAUUUCUAAAUUUAUGUGACUUGGUGCAACUCAACAGUUUAAGAAGGGAAAAGUUAUCUUUAACUUUGAUUAGCCUUUUGCCUCGACUGUGUCAAUCUGUCCUGCUAUUCUACCUAAUACAUCAUUUCUCAAGUUUUUUUUGAUAGAGCAGGACAGAGGCCCCUUCUUGAGAUCAAUAUUAGGAUUAUAUGACAAAAAUAAACAAAUGGCAAAAAGUGAUUUUGAAAAGCAAGCAGUCUACUUAAAUUCAGAAACUGGGAAGUGAAUGAGUUUGGUGGUUGGCUUAGUGAUGUCAUAAUCCCAUUGUUUGUCGAUUACGCCGACCUUUGUUUCCAACGUUACGGUGACAGAGUGAAAACUUGGAUCACCCUCAAUGAGCCUCGCGUGGUUGCCAGCGGUUACGAGAAUAAAGACAUGGCACCGGGGCUGAAUAAGUUGGGGGUUGGGGGUUACAGAAGUAGCUAUGUUAUGCUAAAGGCACACGCGAGGGUUUACCACACGUACGUCGAUCGUUACAAACCAACACAACGGGGUCGAAUCGGGAUUACCCUAAACUGCGACUGGGGCGUACCACAGGACGACACACCCUUAAAUAAGGAUGCGGCCACCAGGUUUAUGCAAUGGUUCAUUGGGUUGUACGCACAUCCAAUAUACGUGGGGGGAUGGCCUAAAGUCAUCGAGGAUAAUGUUGGAGAGAAAAGUAGGAAAGAAGGCAGAUCGGAAUCCCGCCUUCCUGCGUUUACUCAAGCAGAACUUGAUGACAUCAUGGGGACCUCGGACUUCCUUGGUUUAAAUUCUUACACAUCGUCGAUUGUUGGUCAUAAACGUAAACAAUCGCCGGGAUUUUUCACCGAUAGUGACAUCACAACCACCUUCGAUCCCUCCUGGCCACCAAGUGGUUCGUCGUGGUUGGCGAUUUAUCCACCGGGGAUUCGGAAAGUUCUUUCUUGGAUCAAGGGGGAAUACCCGGGGUAUGGGUCAGUCUUGAUCAACGAGAAUGGGGUGAGCGAAACCGACCAAUCAGGUUGCUUCAAUCUGUGCGACCAAUUCAGGGUGAAUUUCUUCAAGAAUUAUACGAAUAAUGUUUUGAAAGCCAUAAGAUACGAUGGUGUGAACGUUGAAGGUUACACAGCGUGGUCAUUACUCGACAACUUUGAGUGGGCACAUGGGUACAAGGAAAGGUUCGGAAUCCAUCAUGUCGAUUUCAAUACUUUAAAACGAACCCCCAAAGCUUCGGCCAUGUUUUAUAAACGACUUGUUGAGAACAACGGGAUUCCCUCACGUGGUGUGCUGAGUAGGUGGUUGGAUGAGAUUGAAGGGGAGUGUGGGAGGGAGAAUCAAGCCUUGUGUGGAACAUGAAUAUUUAUCGAUUGUCGUUUGCUGCUAAUUCCCUUUUUUCGUUGUUUCAAUUAAUUUGAUCGUUUUCGAAGAUAUAACAAUUGUUCAAAAGAAAGUUUUGUUUUGUGAAACAGAAAUAUUGUUUUGUUUGUUUACCAAGUGAUCAUGUAGUUGCCAGUGAAGCGUGAAGACACGUGAUCGUGCAAUAAAAUAAACAUCCUAUAUUUGAA